GGACGCCGCUCAAACGCAUCCAUCCUACCGCCUCGAGGGUCAGCUAGUACGCCUCAUAUCUCACGUUACACACGCAACCCCGCUCUCCGCGUGGACAGGCGCGCUGAGUGUCGAGGCUCCAGCUCAUUCUAACAGGUGGCGAGCGAUUUCAGGUGGAGCAGCAGUCCAUUCACUGAGCCGACUUCAACAAACGCCGAGAGGAUCACUCGCUCCUCAUUAUGUGCAAUUCUUGGGCUCAUACGCGUAUUAACACAGUCUAAUCGUCGUAUUUAGGCGAAGAACAGAUUGGUUUAAUUAGCCUCCAGCUUACAGGUGGGCGAAAGCCGUUUGUAGGACGGCCCCUCUUUCAGUUCCUCAACAGGAGCCGCGGUACUGUCAUUUGUUUGCCAUCCUGUGGGACAGAAGAAACGGCUCCGUUAACAGUAAAUUUGGAGCUUUAUCUACAUAUCUAGCAUAUCUCCGAAGCCUCUUUCGUUCCGGAGGAGGACCGACAGAGCCAUGUCAACCAAAAAACGGGUGGAUGUAACGAGAAGGAGCCGAAGCCCCGCGGUGUCCGAGGCGGAGAUGUUUGGUGAUUUUCAGGAGUGGUGCCUCCGCACUUACGGGGACUCCGGCAAAACAAAGACCGUCACCCGGCGAAAAUACAACAAAAUUCUGCAGACCCUCUUACAGAGCGACGACUCGAAUGGAGUCUAUAUCGAGAGCAACCACAUCAACGCCAAAUUUAAGUUCUGGGUCAAAUCCAAAGGUUUCCAGGUGGGCAACACUGACGGCAAGCCGAACGAGAACGGGGCAGCGGACAAACCGGUCCUAUACGUUCCCAUCAAGGCAACGUGUGUGGACGGGAGCUCAGGGCCGGAGAGCUCCACUCUGAAGAGGGUCGCUGUGGUGGAGGACUUCUAUGACAUCAUCUAUGCCAUGCAUGUGGAGUUCAGCUCCGACCCGGCCAAAGCACCCAAACACGCCGGACAGAAGAAAACAUAUAAAGCGAUAGCGGAGACGUAUGCGUUCCUGCCCAGAGAGGCGGUGACCCGUUUCCUGAUGAGCUGUGGAGAAUGUCAGAAGAGGAUGCACAUCAGCCCCAGUGGUGCAGAGUUCAAAGAGAAUAACCAACCAUCUUCCCUGAUGGCUGACCUCAUAGACUACAACAUGCCCCUCACGACAACCUACUUGAAACAGAAGAAACUACAGUGCAUGAAUAACAACGAGCAGGAUGACUGUUCAGUGAGUAGUGAGGAGUUUGAUAUGAGUGACCCCACAUGGAUAUCAGCUGAACGUCACGCCACUCCGUCUGACCUGAACCACCCCUCCAGCGCAGAUAGGAUGCACAGCCCACAAAACACACACAAGGAAGAGGACGAUGAUUCAUCUUCUGAAAGUGGAAGUGGCAAUGGGACUUGCACUCUGACUCCUCCCUCAGUAGGUGCGGCCGGAGUGAGUGAAAGUACAGGGACAAGAGCCAGAUCGGGCUCGUACACUGAGGUUAACGGAAACGGAAAUGGUAACGUGGCACCACUCGACUUCAGCACGACUUCCUCCUCCUCAUCUUCAGAGGACCAGCAACCAGUCAACCUCAGCGACAGACUGAGUCAGGCCCUGCCUAGUGCUGCGGUCAUGCUGGCGACCUUUAACCCUGAGCACGCAGAGGAGCUGCGCAGAAAAUACCCCAAAUCCUCAGAGCUACGCCUUGAUCGAGAUAUCAGGGACUAUAAUAGCAAGUCUCCUCAAUACAGUUCAGGCAGCUAUGAUUCAAUAAAGAUGGAGAUCUGCCCUGAAGAUCUGACUGUUGGUCGGUCUCAGGUGGCUGACGAUGAUGACGAUGACCAUGAUGACCACGACGAUAGCGAUAAGAUCAAUGAUGUAGAAGGAGUGGAUCCAGAGAGGUUGAAGGCUUUUAAUAUGUUUGUGCGUCUCUUUGUGGAUGAGAACCUUGACCGUAUGGUGCCAAUCUCUAAACAGCCUAAAGAGAAGAUCCAGGCCAUUAUUGAGUCCUGCAGCCGUCAGUUCCCAGAGUUCCAGGAACGCGCUCGCAAACGCAUUCGUACCUACCUCAAAUCCUGCCGUCGUAUGAAGAAGAAUGGCAUGGAGCAGACUCGACCCACGCCCCCCCACCUGACCUCAGCCAUGGCUGAGAACAUUCUAGCAGCCGCCUGUGAGAGUGAAUCACGCAAAGCUGCCAAAAGAAUGCGCAUGGAUGUCUACCAGGCACACGAUGAGCCAUUAUCUCUGGAAAAGGCUGUCUCUCGUGAGCCGGUCUCGCUGACCCACUCUGCAUACUCCCUUGCUGCCUCGGCCUACUCCCAGGACCAGCUAUACAUCAAUGGAGGGCUCAACUACAGUUACCGUGGUUACGGCGGACUGUGUGCCAGCAUGCAACACCCCGUGUCCCUGACAACAGCUACCGCCCAGACCAACGGACCUACUGAUCUCAGUAUGAAGUCUCUGGCCUCAAAUUCGUCCUCGUCAAGCUCCAGCAGUCUCGGCAGGAACGGAGGAGGAGGCGGGGCUUCAGCUCAGCUCAGCCAUACAGAAGUGGCGGCAGUGCGUCAGCUGAUCGCGGGAUACCGUGAGUCUGCGGCCUUCCUGCUACGAUCGGCAGAUGAGCUGGAGAACCUCAUACUACAACAGAACUGAACCUUCAAUGCUUUCUCUGACUGCAUACAUACCCUUGUCCCUCUGGACCACAUAACUGACUGUGUCCCUCACAUGAUCAUCAUCCAGUCACCAAGAAAAAACAUCUGUCUCUUAAAGAUGAAGAGGACAAACGUGGAGAUAAAUCUUUGAAGCUGACGGUUCGGUGCAUCCUCCACGUACUGCUCCUCUCCACAGCCUCCUUCUGUUUAACCGCCAUUCGUUCCCCGCUGAGAGCCAUCGAUUUCUGAUUUUCUUUGUUUUUAGCUACUUCAAAGGAGGAAUCCUCCAGACGGCACUAACUAAUUGAAGACACUUUUGAUUUGGAGGCUUAAUGGAAAGAAAGAAGAUAAAAAGAGCAAGAAGAAAACUAAGAGACCUUUGUAUUUGCUGUAAAUAAGCACUCGCUGUGUCCUGAAGCACUUUUCCAUUCGUUCUGACCUCUGAAUGAUUAAUUUAUGCAUAUAGAUACGCAGGUGGAAGCUCACCUGGAAAUACCUCAGCCUGUCUGUCUUGCUCUCUCUCUCUGUGUGUGGGAAAAGAAAAUUAUCACCUGUCCGUCCUGACUUCACGGUCCAGUGAUUUGGGCAUCGAAGGCAGAGAGUGGGAGUAAAUUUGUUUCUGUAAUUGAAGUGAAGAUUUUCUUUUCCACCCCCUCCAAAUGUGUUGUAUAUAUUCGGAUCCAUUUCAAGGUAUUGAUCGCAAAAAUACACUGAACUUGUUUUGGGAAUGGACCCGUACUGAUGCAUUUAAACACUUGGGCCUCACAGAUGCCAACUCUCUUUGUUUCCACUUGUACGGGUCACCUUCUGUUCUCCUCUUCUCUUAUGUGUCCUUCUAUUUCUCCCGUACGUCCUCUCUCCUCCUCCACUUUAUUAUUCUGCUUUGGACGGAGAUAGAGAGGAAGGAUGUGGAAUGGAAGCUUGUUAGUCUUUUAUCUGUUGACUUUUCUUAAUGGCCAUUAAUCCACUCUGCUGCUAUGGACUCCAACCUAACGCCACAGACCUGAAACCUCAAGCCUCCCAAACACAACCAGAGCACCUCAAAGGCAAAAAAAAAAAAACAAGGCAAAAAAAGACAGAAAGGGAAGCCAAAUCCAAAAGAAAGGGAAAAAACUGCCGUUUUGCAUUCUGGUCAAGAGUGUUUGAUUUAAUACUGAGGGCUGCUUGUGUUUGCUUUUGUUUGAUUUGUUCUGAAAAUGCGGUGUGUGCUUAAAUAUCAAGAUCAACUGGGAUCAAAUUGUCUUUGGCACAAGAGCUUGGCGCGCACACAUACACGAACACGCGUACGACACGAACAGACACGCUAAAGGGUCUUUAGUGAACUGAGUAUUUAUCAGGAGAGGUUUAAAAAUGUGUAGUUAGGGAGGUAGAUUUGUUUAGGGAUUGACUGACAGUAAUGUCACUGUAAUUUGCUCCAUUUGCACACAGAGGCAGUGCUAAUCUGUGAUUGAGGAGCUCGGUGGCUCCGUGGUGCACUGCUAGUGGGGGAUGGAGAAAGAAUAUCGCAAUGCAGAAGAUAAUCAAACACAUUUCUGGCCAGACUAAUACAGAGAGGCUACCAUGACCCCCGCUGAGGAGCCUUCAGAAUCAUUACAUUCAUAAUCACAUGACCGGGACCUACUUGUGAUUGAAAGCCAUGAUGAUGAGCGAGUGUGACCAGAGACUACACUGCCCUCUUAAGACAUAUUUGUGUGCAAUUUUGACACCUCUGCUCAAAACACAACAGUGGACAUAUAGAAGUAAUGAUUUCUUAAUGUAAUAUAUUUAUGGUUGGCCUUCACAGUCCAGCCUCGUACUUCGAUAUUGAGUUGUUGAUUAGAAUGUUGCUACAGAUGUGAAGACAUAUGCAAAAUUGACAGCGUGAGGCCUCUCGUCACUGUGCGUGUUAACUCUGGAAAUAAGGGGAGAUAUGUAAAUAUUUAAAAAAUAUUUAAAUGCUUUAAAAUAUUUUUAAAUAUUUAAAUGUUUUUUUUUAUUACAUACAUAAGUUUAGCCCCAAAAUAAAUAAAAUAAGAA